GCCACUCCCUCCCUCUUCCCUACCGCCAACGUCUCCCCCUUUGCACCAUCCAGCGCAACCCUCGUCCACCCUGCGCGAGGAUGACCACUGCCGCGCCAGCAACUCACCCGGGCUUUGAGCCCAUGCUCCUCGCCCUGCCCUCUCUGACGCCUUCGUUGGCGCUCGAGGUCCUGCCAUAUGGCUUGACACUGCACAGGCUCUUUGUCCAGGCAGACGGCAAGACACACGACAUUCUCAUCGGUCCCGAGACGCCCUCCGACCACCUCGUCCAGAAAUACACCAACACUAUCAUCGGUCGCUACGCAAACCGCGUCCCCGCCGGCACCCACACUGUCACGCGUAACGGCCUCUCGAGCUCCCUCACCGCCGCCUCCAACGAGUCCCCGACCGUCUCCCUCCACGGCGGAAUCACAGGCUGGGACCUCCAGCCAUGGGAGCCCCUCCCCGACCCGUACGCAGCGCAGCUGUUUACCCCUGCGGAGGUCGCGCGCCUCCAGAGCGACGCGCCGACGAGCGUGAUCUUCAGUCGUGUGAGCGAGGACGGCGAGGAGGGGUACCCGGGCAAGCUACUCUGCGAGGUGCUCGUGGGCUUGACGCAGCCUAAAGGGAAGCCGAGCGACGACGGGAAGCUCUGGAAGCUUGGGAGCGUUGUGCUUGUAUACCGCGCGAAGCUGCUGGACGAGGGCAAGGUCACGCCGAUCAACCUUACACAGCACUGGGGCUUCAACCUCGAUGCGUCCCUCCAACAGGGCCAGACGAUCAAAGACCACAAGCUGACCAUCAAGUCGGACAACACCGUCGCGCUCGGCCCGGACGCCAACUCGACGGGCACGCUCGCACCCGUCGGGGGCACGCACCACGCCCACGCCGAGAAGUCGACGCGCAAGAUCGGGGAGCGUUUCCCGGAGAAUGGAUACGAUGAGUUCUACCUGCUCGCACCGCGCAAGGUCAUCGUGCCUGCGCGUCUCCCGGCUGCCGAGCUUACCCCGAAGACCGACCUCAUCGCGCCCAUCGAGGAGGACGCGGACGCCGUCGUCGAGCUCGAGAGUGGCAAGAGCGGGCUGAAGCUCGCGUUCUACACGAACCAGUCCGGCGUGCAGUUCUAUUCCAACAACUUUUCGAGCCCGGCUGCGACGGCGCGGAAGAAGAUCCACGGCGGCAGUGGUGCUCAGGGCGAUGGCUACGAGCCCGGCUCCGCCGCGUUUCUCGAGUUCCACGAGCCGCUCGCGGCGUGGCUCCACCCCGGGACAGUCGGCGCCUCGGGGAGCGACACGCUGCUCGCCUCCGGGGAAGUGUACAACAACUACGUGCGCAUGGACGUGCUCUACCGCAGCGAGGAGGCGCUGUGAGCCGCGAGGUAUGACACGAUCUAACCGAGAGAAGGUGGAGCUGAAGAAGAAUGGCUGGGAGGGUUGUCGGUAUGCUGAGGAGAGAAGGAAGGAAAGUCGAAGGCUGUGCACUAAUCGCAUCUUAUCCACCCAUCUGUACUAAUCCCAAAUCGCAAUGUAUCCGUUCGAAGCUUGC